AUGGUUCAGCGGGUCGACAUCACCAUGAACGGAACCACUCGCGUCAAUGGCAUCAAUGGCCACUCCAAAGACUCACCCUCCUCCCGAUCCUCCCGCAAGCCCUCCUCACCUAUGGCGCCAGCUUUCAUGACCUCUGCUCCUGGCAAGGUCAUCGUGUUUGGCGAACAUGCUGUAGUCCACGGCAAGGCCGCAAUGGCUGCAGCUGUGUCCCUCCGAUCCUAUCUCCUAGUCACGACACUGUCCAAAUCACAACGCACAAUUACUCUCGUUUUUCCAGAUAUUGGGUUGGACCACACUUGGAAUAUCGAAGAUCUGCCGUGGCAUAUACUAUCCAGCUCCGCUCGCAAACCUCGAUACUACGACAUGGUCACCACUCUUGAUCCUGAGCUGGUGGAAGCGAUGCAGCCACACAUCGAUGAGGUGUCCCCCCAUGUCAACUCGGAAAAGAGAAAACGUCACCAGGCAGCUGCUUCGGCCUUUCUAUACCUAUUUCUAUGUCUGAGUAAUCCUACAGCUCCUGCUUGUAUAUACACUCUCCGGUCGACGUUGCCCAUUGGAGCAGGACUAGGAUCCAGUGCCAGCAUCUGUGUUUGUAUCAGUGCGGCCCUUCUGAAGCAGAUACAUGUACUGUCAGGGCCUCAUCAAGAUCAACCAGAAGAAGAAGUUGAUUUACAGUUGGAAAGAAUAAACAAGUGGGCGUUUGUCGGAGAGCUCUGUAUUCAUGGGAAUCCCAGUGGAGUGGACAAUACGGUCGCGACCAGGGGAAGGGCUGUCCUUUUCAGACGGGUUGACUACUCAAAGCCCCCCACCGCCACACCAGUGAAAGACUUUCCAGAAUUGCCUCUAUUACUCGUCAACACAAAACAACCUCGUUCAACGUCCACCGAGGUGGCAAAGGUGGCCAUGAUGAAGAAGAAAUAUCCCGCCGUGACCGAGGCCACAUUGGACAGCAUCGAUGAAGUCACAAUGUCGGCACAUUCUCUUAUCACGUCUGAUGACUUCGACCCGAGAUCAGAACAGAACAUCGAGCACCUUGGCGAUCUGUUCAGAAUAAAUCAUGGACUGCUCGUCUCGCUGGGCGUGUCUCAUCCCAAGCUUGAACACAUCCGUGAAUUGGUCGACUAUGCCGAUAUUGGUUGGACCAAACUCACCGGUGCUGGAGGAGGCGGUUGCGCCAUAACCCUGCUUAAACGAGGCGUCAGUGAAGAAUCUCUCCGCGAUUUGAAAGAAAGGUUUGAAAAGGCUGGAUUCGAAGAGUACACGACUACUCUUGGCGGGAGUGGCGUGGGUAUUCUCUAUCCUGCCGUUCUCCACAAUGGGUCAGAAGAAGAGGGAGGUGAUGAAAUCGACCAAGUGAAGUUUCUCAAUGCUCAAGGAGAAGAGGGUAUUGAGAAGUUGGUUGGAGUGGGUGGUCUCGAGCGGAGGCCCGAAUGGAAGUUUUGGCAUUGA